AUGAUACGUGAGCGAUUUCAAAAUUCUGAUACGACAAAUAAAAAACCUCAAGAAAAGAAGUUCGAUUCGCUUGUUAAUAAAACCGGAGCCAGAUUUCGAUCCAAACUAGCUAAAUUAAGCGUAGGAAAGACUUGGUUAGAAAUCGAAGAAGAAUGGAUUAUCUUAAGACAAGUUCAAUUAUCUAAACAAGGCGAACAAUGCUUAUGUGGAAAAGCAAACUUGAAAUUCAUCACUUAUUUAAAGAAUAUUCACAACAAAAAGCUAAUUAUUGCAGGGAAUUGUUGCUUACUGACAUUUCGUAAAUUUCGUUUGUAA